UGUCAGUCGCACAUUUAAUGGCGGAGAUUGUGUUGUUUUUUGCGUGCGACCCGUCCCGGUAAUGUUGUAUCAUCGAAUCACAGAGACUUAAAGAUGAAUAUCGCGUUAUAUUGGGACUAGUGUUUGUUUGAUUAUUUUUGUUUUGACUGAGUUGUGCCGGAUUGUAUUGGGUAUGGAGUGUAAGAACAUUGAGUUGGACUUGGAUUUAUUGAAUUAGUGUGCGUCGGCGGUGGUCGCGUGGUCUGGGACCGGUGUCGGCGGUGGCGUGAGCUGAGAGCGGAGCAAGAUGGGGGCGCAGCAGGCGAAGGAACGCGGCGGGCCCAGCGGCGCUUCGAUGCGGUCCGUGCGGACAAAGCCCCGAGUGCCCAAAGACCCCCGCAUUCUCGGCUCGAACAUAUUCACAGAGCACAGCGAGGCGCUGCUGCAGAGCCGGCCGCUCCCUCACAUCCCGGACCUCCCGGACGGCGAGGCGGCGGCGCCGGGGACUCCACAGUCACUCGACACUGCUACAAGCGUCAAUCUGUGCAGAUGGACGUCCAAAGAGAACCUGCUGGCCCACCACGAGGAGGACGACCCUCAGCUCUUCGUGGCGCUGUACGACUUCCAGGCCGGCGGGGAGAACCAGCUCAGCCUCAAGAAAGGCGAGCAAGUGCGCAUAAUGAGCUACAACAAGAGCGGCGAGUGGUGCGAGGCCCACACCCUCUCCGGCGGCGUCGGCUGGGUGCCCAGCAACUACGUCACGCCCGUCAACUCGCUCGAGAAGCACUCGUGGUACCACGGACCCAUCUCGCGCAACGCCGCCGAGUACCUGCUCUCCUCCGGCAUCAACGGCAGCUUCCUCGUUCGCGAAUCCGAAUCUAGUCCAGGCCAAAGAAGCAUCUCCCUCCGCUACGAGGGCCGCGUUUACCACUACCGCAUCAACGAGGACAGCGACGGGAAGGUGUACGUAACAUCCGAGUCCAAGUUCGGCACGCUCGCCGAGCUGGUCCACCACCACUCGGUGCUGGGUGACGGGCUGAUCACCCAGCUGUUGUACCCGGCUCCUAAGCGGAACAAGCCCACUGUGUUCCCGCUCGCGCCGCCCGACGAAUGGGAGAUCGACCGCACCGACAUCGUCAUGAAGCACAAACUCGGCGGCGGCCAAUACGGCGACGUCUACGAGGCCACCUGGAAGCGCUGCAACAUCACGGUGGCGGUCAAGACGCUGAAAGACGACACGAUGGCGCUGAAGGACUUCCUCGAAGAAGCCGCCAUCAUGAAGGAGAUGCGCCACCCCAACUUGGUUCAGCUUCUCGGGGUGUGCACCCGCGAGCCUCCGUUCUACAUCAUUACGGAGUUCAUGUCGCGCGGCAAUCUGCUGGACUACCUGCGCUCGGCCGCCUCGGCCACCGCCCGCGAGCCAGCCCCCGAUGCCGUGGUGCUAAUGUAUAUGGCCACUCAGAUCGCCUCUGGAAUGAGCCACCUGGAGAGCCGCUCCUUCAUUCACCGGGACCUGGCCGCCCGCAACUGCCUCGUCGGCGAGAACCACCUCGUAAAAGUGGCUGACUUCGGCCUGGCGCGGCUGAUGCGUGACGACACCUACACCGCGCACGCCGGCGCUAAGUUCCCAAUCAAGUGGACGGCCCCCGAAGGCCUGGCGUACAACACCUUUAGCACCAAGUCCGACGUCUGGGCCUUCGGGAUCCUGCUCUGGGAGAUCGCUACCUACGGCAUGUCGCCCUACCCCGGGGUGGAUCUGGCUGACGUCUACCAUAUGCUGGAGAAGGGCUACCGCAUGGAGUGCCCCCCCGGGUGCCCCCCGGCGGUCUACGACCUGAUGCACGGCUGCUGGCAGUGGAACCCCUCCGACCGUCCCACCUUCCACGAGAUCCACCACGCGUUGGAGCACAUGUUCCAGGACAACUCCAUCACCGAAGAGGUGGAGAAGCAACUGCAAGUGGGUGGGGCCGCCGGCGGAAACGCCCAGAUGUCCUCCAAGAAGUUCGGCGGCGCCGGGCCCUCCUCAGGGGCCGACCGUGGGGCCGGGACUUCCUCAGGGGCCGACCGCGGGGCCGGGACUUCAUCAGGGGCCGACCGUGGGGCCGGGACUUCCUCAGGGGCCGAUCGCGGGGCCGGAACCUCCUCGGGGGCCGACCGCGGCGUGCAAAUGCGCCGCCCCACCAACCGCCGCGGCAAACAAGCGCCCACCCCGCCCAAGAGGACCAGCCUGCUCUCGUCGUGCAGCUCGUUCCGCGAGUCGCAGUACGCGACCGACGAGCACUCUGCGCAGGAGGAGUCGCUCGCUUCGCUCAACGGCGUGGCCCGCGCAGGCGGCAGCGGGGCCCGCGAGGCGUCGUCCGAGGGCUCGCUGGCGGAGGCCACGCCGGACACCGACGAGUCGGCGGGGCCCGCCGGCGAGCCGCGCCACCGCGCCAAGCGGCGCCACCACCACCAGCCGGCCCAGCACCACGCAUCGCCUGCUGAGCAGCCUAAGCAACAAGGCGUGCAAGUGGCCGCCUUGGAGGUGCAGAACGUGAAGCGUGCCAUCAACCGCUACGGCACGCUGCCUAAGGGCGCGCGAAUCGGCGCCUACCUGGAGUCGCUGCGGCAGUCGGCGCCGGCCGCGCCCGCCGACGACGCGCGGUCGCUGUCCCCGCGGGCGCAGCACAUGAUCCGCUCCAACUCGUCCGGCGGCGUCACCGCGCCCGCGCCAGGCGCGCGAAUCGGCGCCUACCUGGAGUCGCUGCGGCAGUCGGCGCCGGCCGCGCCCGCCGACGACGCGCGGUCGCUGUCCCCGCGGGCGCAGCACAUGAUCCGCUCCAACUCGUCCGGCGGCGUCACCGCGCCCGCGCCAGGCGCGCGAAUCGGCGCCUACCUGGAGUCGCUGCGGCAGUCGGCGCCGGCCGCGCCCGCCGACGACGCGCGGUCGCUGUCCCCGCGGGCGCAGCACAUGAUCCGCUCCAACUCGUCCGGCGGCGUCACCGCGCCGGGCGCGCGAAUCGGCGCCUACCUGGAGUCGCUGCGGCAGUCGGCGCCGGCCGCGCCCGCCGACGACGCGCGGUCGCUGUCCCCGCGGGCGCAGCACAUGAUCCGCUCCAACUCGUCCGGCGGCGUCACCGCGCCCGCGCCAGGCGCGCGAAUCGGCGCCUACCUGGAGUCGCUGCGGCAGUCGGCGCCGGCCGCGCCCGCCGACGACGCGCGGUCGCUGUCCCCGCGGGCGCAGCACAUGAUCCGCUCCAACUCGUCCGGCGGCGUCACCGCGCCGGGCGCGCGAAUCGGCGCCUACCUGGAGUCGCUGCGGCAGUCGGCGCCGGCCGCGCCCGCCGACGACGCGCGGUCGCUGUCCCCGCGGGCGCAGCACAUGAUCCGCUCCAACUCGUCCGGCGGCGUCACCGCGCCCGCGCCAGCCUCGCCCCGCGCGCUACGCUCCUUCCACAGGCUAGGCGCGCGAAUCGGCGCCUACCUGGAGUCGCUGCGGCAGUCGGCGCCGGCCGCGCCCGCCGACGACGCGCGGUCGCUGUCCCCGCGGGCGCAGCACAUGAUCCGCUCCAACUCGUCCGGCGGCGUCACCGCGCCCGCGCCAGCCUCGCCCCGCGCGCUACGCUCCUUCCACAGCCCCGCCAAGCCGCGGCCGCGCCUCGCCGAGCUCGAGUUCCCGCCGCCGCCGCCGGACCUGCCGCCGCCGCCGGAAGACCCGCAGCCGCCGCCGCCGCCGCCGCCGCCGGACUGCUGCCGCGACGCCGCCACCGACACCGACGAGAAACCCGUCCGCCAGACCAUGAAGGAAAUGCUCGAACUCAAACUCGUCGCCGAGAUCAAGGAGCGCGCCGACAAGAAGCAGCGCCAGAAGGACUCGCCGCCGCCGCACGAACUCCUCGAGAUGCAAACGUCAUUCGGCGACCCCGUCACGCGUCUCGUGUCCGAACUGUCCGAGAGCCUCAACCUCGAGGCGCUGCGCCGCGACAAGCCCGUCCGGCCCGUAGACAACGGGAAGGACACCGUGUCGCCCAUCGACCUGAAGGCGAGUCUCCGCAAGACUCCGUACAACAACGUCGACAAGCGGGACGAGUCGAAGGGAACCGAUUUCAAGUCGCAGCUGAAGAAAGUUGACACGAAGAGGGUCAAUAAGGACGAGGAGGCCUGCUCGAUUAUUGAUUUCAAGGCGAGGCUGCGGAAGGUCGACAGUGGGACGAACGGGACCGCCAAAAACCAGGCGUCCCCCGAGGAGGUCCGGGAGGAGAGGAAGCGCUCCGAAAGUUCCCUGGAGGCGGCUGGCGGCGACGAGGAGGACAAGCGCCGCAGCACCGGCAGCAUCAGCAGCCUCAAGAAGCUGUGGGAGAACAAGGAGACCGAGGAAAGGCUGAGCCCCAAGAUGAAGCCCAAGGGCGGCGACGACAGCUCGGAGACGUCGCCGGAGGAGCGGCGGCGCGCGCGCGACGAGCGGCCGGCCGUGCCCAGCAAGCCGGCGGUGCGGCACAAGCCUAAAGGCGGCAUAUACGCCACGCCGCUGGCAGCGCCUGCGCCCGACGAAGACGAUGUGCUGGCCUCGCUGCGGGCGUCGCUCGACUGGUGCACCAACGAGCCUAAGGGCGGCAUAUACGCCACGCCACUGGCAGCGCCCGCGCCCGACGAAGACGAUGUGCUGGCCUCGCUGCGGGCGUCGCUCGACUGGUGCACCAACGAGCCCAAGGGCGGCAUAUACGCCACGCCGCUGGCAGCGCCCGCGCCCGACGAAGACGAUGUGCUGGCCUCGCUGCGGGCGUCGCUCGACUGGUGCACCAACGAGUACUUAUUAUUAUUCUGUGGUCAUACGGCCGUGCGGCACAAGCCCAAGGGCGGCAUCUACGCCACGCCGCUGGCAGGGCCCGCGCCCGACGAAGACGAUGUGCUGGCCUCGCUGCGGGCGUCGCUCGACUGGUGCACCAACGAGGAAGACGUGCUGGCCUCGCUGCGGGCGUCGCUCGACUGGUGCACCAACGAGGAAGACGUGCUGGCCUCGCUGCGGGCGUCGCUCGACUGGUGCACCAACGAGCCGUGCGACGAGGAAGACGUGCUGGCCUUGCUGCGAGCGUCGCUCGACUGGUGCACCAACGAGGUACGCUCACCUUGUUCCGACCCCUCUUAA